UCAAUCGAGGUUGAGUUUGGUGAGGGUUGAAAGUUUUCGAUCUAGAUUGCAGAUCACUAUUGACACUUUAUACAAACUGAAAGUAUGCGUUGUUGCGUGUUUCAUUUUGUGGGCAUUUGACUGAACAGCCCAGGCAAAUAUUGCUACCAACAUGGCACUUCGAAACAGACCACCGCAAUUCCAGUGCACCCUGUGUGGACCUCGUCUACGAAAAACUUUGGACCUACAUUCAGGUCCUGAUGCUGUUCGUGGGACUAGCAGCUAACCUGCCGUUAGCCUGGCUCUUCAUUAAGGACCACAAAAAUCUGUCUCCCGCUAAGGUUGUAGGUGUGAACCUGCUGGUGAUGCAGCUCCUCCACAUCUUGGUGGCGCCCUUUGGCAUCGCCAUUCGCUUUUUUCGCGAGAACGACACGCUGGCAAACGGAAAUUACCCUUCCCGGGUGGUCGAGGAGGGGCCGUACAUCCUGGUUGUGACGGGCUGCCCCAUGCUGCUGGCCGUCAUGUGCUUGGAGCGCUACGGGGCCGUGGCCCGGCCCCUGGUGUACCUGAGAGCCCGCAAGUGGGGGUACAAGAUCGCCGUCUCGGCCGCUGUCUGGACCGUCACGCUCAUCUUCAUCCUGACGACAGUCCGAAGGGGUUUUGAAAAAAUCGCAUUGCCCAUGUCUGUGCUCGUCCUCGUCCUCCUCAUGGUCAUGCUCUACUGCCUGGUGGGUCUGGCCUGGUCGCUGGGGCAACAGGGCCCCGCCCACCCCAGCGCCCUGCCGCAGAAGAGGCGGGCCCUGAAGAACGUCCUGCUGGUCAUCGUGCAGGCCGUCUUCGCCUACCUGCCCGUCUGCUUCCUGCCACCCUUGUUGGCGUCCAGAAGGGAAGACCGUGUCUGGUGCAACAUGGUGCUGGCGAUCUUCUCCUCUCCGUACAUCGGCGUCUGCAUCGGGCCAAUGUUCUACUAUGCCAAGUUCAAACAAGUGCUCUGCGGGCGGGGGGGUGGGGCUGGCGGGUGCAGGUAG